AAUCCUCCUGUCAGGCACAACAACACAGAGCAAAGAGUCAGCUGCAGCUUGAGCUUCCCGCUGCUCUGCUUAUUUAUCUCCGCUGUUUGUUUGAAUUUUUUUUUUUUUUAUUAUUGUCGUCGAUGGUUUGUGCUUCACCAGGGCCCGGACUCAAGCGCUGUAGGCGACAGUAGCGGGUCAAAUGUUUCCACCCUGACGUUUCAGGGAUACAUAAUGAAUAUGGGCAUCACCCCUUCAGAGAUAUCUUCCUCCUCCUCUGCCUGACUGGUCGGCCGCCUCUUCGGUAAUCUAAUUCAGGAGAUCAUCUUUUCAACCCAUCCUGAGGUUACACCAUCAAGACGGCGUUAUCUCAGAAAGCCAGCCCGGUGGCGGUGAAGAUGACCACGGCACGGUACCGUCCCACAUGGGAGCUGGCCGUGGACCCCCUGGUCUCAUGUAAGCUGUGCCUUGGAGAGUUCCCUCUGGAGCAGAUGACCACCAUCACACAGUGCCAAUGUGUCUUCUGUACACUGUGCCUGAAGCAGUAUGUGGAACUCCUGAUCAAAGAAGGCCUUGAAACUGCAAUUAGCUGUCCAGACUCUGCCUGUCCCAAAAGAGGGCACUUGCAGGAGAAUGAGAUUGAGUGCAUGGUGGCCACGGAGAUGAUGCAGAGAUACAAGAAGCUUCAGUUUGAAAGGGAGGUGCUGCUGGAUCCGUGCCGGACGUGGUGCCCUUCCUCGACCUGCCAGGCCGUGUGCCAACUCAAAGAAGCAGAUUCUCCGGCUCUGCCCCAGCUGGUCCAGUGUGCUGUGUGUGCCCUCGAAUUCUGCUCAGCCUGCAAGGCCAACUGGCACCCCGGGCAGGCCUGCCAGGAGAACAACCUGCCCAUUACCUCCUUCCUGCCAGGAGAGAACAGCUCUUUCUAUAAGAAUGAAGAGGAUGAUGCACCAAUCAAGCGCUGCCCUAAAUGUAAGGUCUACAUCGAGAGGGACGAGGGCUGUGCACAGAUGAUGUGCAAGAACUGCAAACAUGCCUUCUGCUGGUACUGUCUGGAGUCCUUGGAUGAUGACUUUCUCCUGAUCCACUAUGACAAAGGACCCUGUCGAAACAAACUGGGCCACUCCAGGGCGUCUGUUAUCUGGCACAGAACGCAGGUUGUGGGGAUCUUUGCUGGCUUCGGCCUGCUCCUGCUAGUUGCCUCCCCCUUCCUCCUCCUGGCCACUCCCAUCGUCCUCUGUUGCAAGUGCAAGUGCAGCAAAGGCGAUGACGACCCGUUGCCAACCUAAGAACGCCAUCGGAGUUGGAGCGGAGAGCCGCUACAAGGAUGGGCCAUCUUUUUUUGUCCUUUUCACCCCCUUUUUACAUUCUUUUCCUCCCACCAGCUUUGAGAGCUUCAUUUUUUGGGCUGAGCCUGCACCAGCCCCAGCUGCUUUGGGAUCCAUUGCUCUGCAUGAGGGGAGGCAUGGUAGAAGAUCGACCCUACACGAUGGGCUGAGGAGAGGGUCAAAGUUCAGCGGAGGUCACACUUGUUUAGGGACCACUGUUGGGGAUGUGGAGGAUAUCUGCGCCACUCAGCUGUGGGUUACUGCGAUGUCGCAUUUUGGCGGGUCACUACAAAGAAACGGCGAGUCGGCGUUAAGAAAUGCUUUUCUCUUGUAUGGACAAUGUCAUGCAGGAGCCAUCUUUCGAAAGACCUUUUUACUUUCUCGCUUUGUUUCGUUGGUUUGUCAUACGCAGCAAAAGCUUUCCCCCCGCCACCACCACCACACUCGAUGUAGCUCUACAUGGUUCAGUCAGUAGCAUAAUAGAGUCGCACCACGCAUGUUUGGUGUUCACUCGAUUUGCACACAGAACAUGAUUUCUUUGUCAUGUUUGCGACUGAGGUAGAGAUGGGAGGCUACUGUCACUCUCAGCUCAAUGUACAGCACGUCCUCUUGAUGAUGUCAAUGUUUUAUAAUCUUGCGCUUUUAAUAGAACUGUGCUCAGAGUAGUGUCUAUGUGUUGUACUUUAGAGUGUUUUCCAACUGUUCCGCAGACAUAUUAAGGGGGAUUGCCACUCAAAUCCCAAAAAUUAUACAUUUUUUUGUUAUGAUAUGCUUACAAUGGUAACUAGAUUAAUUAUCAGCUCACAUUUUAUACCCCAAACUUCUUUUUUUCCAUUAUUUAUCCUAUCACAAAUGGGUUAUCUUUGAAACACCUCUAAAUUGAAUCAUUUAUAGAUGUAAACGUACAUAAAUUUCCCAAAUUGAGUGGCGCUCCCCUUUAAGUUUAGCAUUAAGUCUAUCAAACUUUGUAUCCACAUGUUGUGGAACCAUUUUAAUACUUCACUUAAAGAGAUGUCACGACUGCAAUUCUCAGUCCCUUGGUGGUGGUUGAGCAAAGUAGAAAUUACUAGCCUUAUAUUGAGAAUAGCCAAAAUCAGGCAUUUCCCCCCUUGUGCAUUAAAAAAAAGAGUAAAAAGUCAAAUCAAAAUAAUCCCAGGGAAAGCAUGUUUAAAGGCGUUUUUAAAGCAUUACAGUCAGUGAAGCCCUUUAUAUUCUGAUGAUUCUAUGAUGUCAUCCAUAUGCCACUCUGUUAAUAGCCAUAAUGUUAAAAAAAAAAAAGUUAAAAAAAAAAAAAAAAAAAAAAAAAACAAUCCUAAAAUGAUGUUCUUUGUGACAUAGGGCUUGUAUUUUCUAAGUCUCUUUGAGCCGGAGAGCUGAUCAGCAUCAAUCCAACCCUCAUCCUGAAUGAUCUUAGGAGAAAAAAAACAGAUCAGGGCUCCCACUUUCGGAGACUUAACAAAUACCUGCUGGCCGAAAUUGCAAACUUGCAUACGUUAGUGGUCAGAGUGUCGAUGUUUUGUUUCAUUUUGUUGGUAGUUAGACCUCCAACAACAAGCAGCUAUUCCUUGCAGGGAUGUCAGAAAAAAAAAAGCCUAUAGAGUAAAUCUAAAAAGAAUGUUCAACUUUUUGGGCACAUGAAUAUAAAGCUGCUCUGUACUAUAUCACUUUAUCUAUGCAAGUUUGUACAUUACCAUUCUUAUAAGGUUAGCGAUUUGUCACAACGAUUAUGUCGCGAGAGCUGCAGAAUGUCACAAUACAUGUGCAUAUCAUGGCUUUAAUUUAAUCAGGGAAUUAUUCAGAAAAUAUCCAUUUUAUUUUCAUCAUAUAUGUCGCAACUAUUUAUUUGACUUUGUUUGCAGGACAGAAUUUGGCCAUUUUUAAAAAUUUUAUUUGUUGAUGUCUUUAUUUUCGUGAGGAAAUUUCUUUUUAGUUAAAUAAUUUCUCGAAGCCAGUCCGUUGUUAAGUCGGUAAAGGAAAAAAAAGUUAAAACCAUUUUUAAACUGAUUAUUUAGAAAAAAUUUCCUGUGUGGGGGCUUUCUUAUCAGUUUGUCAUCACUUCCAGUUAAACAGAUUUAAGUUUUGCUACCGUGCAUAGCCAUUCUGAUGUUUUCAAUAAGCCAUUUACUUUAUCCCUUCCCUCCUGGUGUAACUCUCCAGUGUUCAUGUAGCAUUUCAUAAGAAGUGUGGCUACAGUUACCAAAAAAAAAGAAGUGGUCAGUAGUAAACAUGAGUAGCUAAUCGAAGCUAAACAGUAGCUAAUCAUCUGCAAUGCCCACCUGUCUUCGCAAAUUUAGCUCAGAUAUUCAGUAUAAAAACUACCAUUGUUAGUAGCCUUAAAUUUCUAGUGCUUUACCCGUAGCUUGUGUUGCUUUCACUGACCUCACCUACUGUACAAGCAUGAUAAUUUGAUAUCAAAGCCAGAUCCACUUUCUACCUUUUGUUCCAUCCCUAGAAAAAAGUUAAAUUCCUGAAGCUUUUGUUGUUUUUAUGACAAUCGUGCCAAGCAGAUUUCCUGGAAGGGAUAAGGAAACUGAGCUGUCUAAUGUAUGUGCAUUUUGACCAUGUAUUUGUAAUGUAUAACAGUUUUUACAGGGUGGAGAGGGGAAAAAAAAAGAUAUUUUAAUGCUUCUUUAUGUGAGCGCUGCACUGUAUAUGAGUUUCAUUGUUUUACUUCUUGAUAUGAUCUGUGAUGUGUGUGGUUUGGUGCCUGCUGUUUUUAAUGGAGGACUUUAGCAGCCAAAAAAUCCAUUUCAGCUCAACAGAAUACAUCUAAUAGUAACUGUACUUUUAAAGGGUUUUCACAAUUUGAUGCAUCCAGGGGUCUGAUAUCACCAGAAAUAAAAUGAGAAAAAUGUUCAGUUUAACACAAAAAAUUUACUACUAUCAAAGUCUCAAGCAGGAGCAAAUUUUACAUGACAUUUUUAUUUAUAUUUCGCUGAAUAGGUUUAUAUUAUGCAAUUAAUAUAAGGGCCAAACAGGACACACAACAAUCACUGCAGUGUCACAUUGCAUAAUUAGUUAUUUUUCAGGAUCAUAUAACCACUUCACACAGAUGAAUCAUCAGCACAGGUGUUGGAAGAACAGGAUGAUUUGAGUUUGGAUAUUUGGCCCCCGAAUGGGAAGCAAGUUCCUUUUACAAAUGGUCCAAGAUCUACUUUGCAACUAUCCCUCAGAUUCAUUUUGGUUAUGAGCAGCGAUUUAUAUUUUAUAACUUUCUUGUGUCAAGAGAUGAAGCUGCAUGAUUUUUCUCUGACUUCUACAUAUUCAAUAUUACAAUACUGUAGCUUCUAAAGAUCUUUGGAAUGGUAGCUUUGACAAACUCAUCUUCCAACUGUUUGGUGUUGUUUUUUUUUCCUCUGUUUCCUUUGUUUAUAAAAUUGAUGUUCAGCCAUUUAAUAUACAAUGUGUGACCAGCCUUCCUAUGUUUAGUAGGUGGGCUUCAUGUGUCUGUUACUUUUCUCUAGAUUUUUUGUUUUUUACACUCACAUUACACCAUAGUUUGUGUAUUUGUAUUAUCUGUUUAAAAGAGCGGAAUUCUACAGGCCUGAUUGGUCAACCGAUUAUUAAUUGCAACUAAUUAUCAGUCACCUCAGUAAGUGGAGGAACUGCUGUCUGUACGCAAGACGUCUGUAUUUAGAGAUGGUGAACGGUGUCUCUAGUUUCAUCUGUAGUUGAAAGUUAACCGACCUGGGUGAUAACGAAGAAAUCGACAUUGUAAAAUGGCAUAUUUGAAUCAGUUCUGUACAACUUUAGAAUCGGCAUCUCAGUAUAUCUACGGUUCCACUAACACUGUGACACCAGGUAUUAAAGGUUGUUGUUUUUUGUGA